AUCAAAUCCUAUUGUUGAUGUAGUAAUUAACUCAAAUAAUUAAUAGCAUUUAUUAUUCUCUAAAAUGGUUAAUUUAAACAUUGCUAAAACUGGUUAUGGUGAAUUAGCAAUUAGAGAAUAAUAAUGUGGUAUAUCAAGUUGAUUUUAGAAUUCCAUUCAAAAUGCGAAGCAUGUUUCAAGCUGUGAUAAUCAAUAUUGUUUAACCUGCAUACCUUAUUAACAUUGAGAGGUUUCUGACAAUUUUAAUUGUAAUUGCGAAGAUAAUUAUGGGGAUUUUACUAGGGUGUCAUAAUUCAUGUGGAACAUGUGCAAACUGUAUGAAAAGGAUGCAUGUUUAAAAUGUCCUUCAAGUAGGACAUCUAUUUAAUCAGGUAGUUUCAUUGAAUGCAUAUGUAGUGCAUAAAAUACUGUUGAUGAUGGAUUUACA